AUGGAAUUUUUAGAACUAAUACACUGUUACAAAUGCAAAAAGAAAACUAAAAAUUUUAAACCAAUCAAGGUUCAAACAACAAAUGGUCUAUGGAGAAUUUCAACACAAUGUUUAAAAUAUAAAACAAAGAAAAGUAAAUUUAUUAAAACUCUUUUAGGAAAAGAAACAAUCUCAAAAAUAAAAUUUGAAAAAAUAACAGAACGAGAUAAACUAAGUAUUGCAAAAAAACUUCAUAAACCAGUAAGAUCUCAAUUUCUAAAAAGGAAAAUAAAAACAUAUGGUAUUGAUGAUUAUUGGCCUGCAGAUUUAGUUAUAAUGAUAAAUUAUGGUAAUGAAAAUUUAGGUUAUUUAUAUAUGUUGAAUGUUAUGGAUACUUUUUCAAAAUUGGCUUAAUCUGAAUCCCUUAAGAAAAAAGAUGAAAAAAAUGUUACUAAAGGUUUUGAAGAAAUAAUAAAAAAGGCUGAAAAACAGAAACAUAAUUCACCAACAUUACUUCACAUUGACAUAGGAACAGAGUUUGUAAAUAAACAGUUUAAGGAAAUGUUAGCAAAAUAA